CUCCCUUGGGUAAUAUGGCCGCCAAGAGUUUUGCUUUCCGCCUCAGAGGCUCCCGGCGUUUUCUGAGUGGCUUCGUGGCCGGGGCUGUAGUGGGCGCCGCAGGAGCAGGCCUCACGGCCCUGCAGUUCUUCCGCAGUCAGGGCGCCGAGGCAGCAUUGGCAGGGAGGGAGCCGGACGAAUCUGCAGAAAAGGCUUUGUUGGGACAAUUUGGAUUCCCUUUAAGUGGAACAGAGGCUAGGUGUUACACUAACCAUGCCUUGUCUUAUGAUCAGACAAAGCGAGUGCCUAGAUGGGUUCUUGAACACAUAUCCAAAAGCAAGAUAACGGGUGAUGCAGACAGAAAACAUUGUAAAUUUAAGCCUGAUCCUAACAUCCCUCCAACCUUCAGUGCCUUCAAUGAGGACUAUGUUGGAAGUGGGUGGUCACGAGGACACAUGGCUCCAGCAGGAAAUAACAAAUUUUCAAGUAAAGCCAUGGCUGAAACAUUUUACCUUUCUAAUAUUGUGCCUCAGAAUAUUGAUAAUAAUUCUGGAUAUUGGAACAGAAUAGAAAUGUACUGUCGAGAACUGACAGAGAGGUUUGAAGAUGUUUGGGUAGUAUCUGGACCUUUGACAUUACCUCAGACUAUGAAUGACGGGAAGAAAACAGUUAGUUACCAGGUGAUUGGUGAUGACAACGUGGCAGUACCUUCACACCUUUAUAAGGUGAUUCUGGCUCGCAGAAGCCCAGUAUCUUCUGAACCGCUGGCACUGGGGGCCUUUGUGGUGCCCAAUGAAGCCAUUGGCUUCCAACCCCAGUUAACUGAAUUCCAAGUGAGCCUCCAGGACCUAGAGAAGUUGUCAGGACUAGUGUUUUUUCCUCAUUUGGAUAGAACUAGUGAUAUCAGGAAUAUCUGCUCUGUUGAUACCUGUAAGCUUCUGGAUUUCCAGGAGUUCACUCUGUACCUGAGUACAAGAAAAAUUGAGGGAGCCCGAUCAGUGCUCAGACUGGAAAAGGUCAUGGAAAAUUUGAAGAAUGCAGGGAUUGAACCAGAUGAUUACUUCAUGAGUCGCUACGAGAAGAAACUAGAAGAACUCAAAGCUAAGGAGCAGUCAGAAACCCAGACAAGAAAGCCAUCCUAAUUUUUGUCUCAGAAGAUAUGUGAUAUCAUUUGUAAUGAAGCAGGCAUGCCCUCUUCAGGUGAAUAUAUUUUAGUGGCUUUGCUUUAAAGAAAUGAUGGAAUUCUAAAUUUAAGACUAAAAACUCCCCCAAAUAUGAAAGAUCAGCAAUCUUUUUUUGUCAAUAUUUUAUCUGACUUAUGGACUAAUUGUUAAGGAAGCUGUCACACCUGCAGAUUGAGGGCUGAUCUUGUGUUAACAGGAAGACUGUAUCUGUAAGAUGGCACUGUGUCUCUCUGAAUGUAUAGUACAUGAAGGCACUGUUUAUUUCAUGCCUUCAAAUCAUAUAUUGUCUUUUAUGUAUCUGCUUAACCUUCUUAGAACGCAAUAUUGUAUGUUUUUCCCCCUAGGACUUGAUAUGGUCUUUGAGAUAGCUUUUGGAAAUGCUCUGUGUAUUAUUAUCCUGUCCACUUGAACUUUUUGUUUUCUUGUUUCUUCUCUGAUGAGCUUGCUGUUCCUCCAUUUCUGUCUAUAUAGAAGAAGCACUCAACAACUACAGUUUCUGCUCACUUAGUGCUAAGCUCAGUGCUAUACAUGUAUUAUUUCACAAUGACCCUCUGAGGUAGCUACCACUAUCCCCAAUUUACCUGCGAGGAAAUUGAGGCUUAGAGAGCUUAGUAUCUUGCUCAAGGUUCACUCUUCCAAAGAAGUCACCUAUAAAGUAUGAGGGACAGAGGGGUAAGAGAAGAAAGACAGCUGAGGUAGAUUCAAAGCUUCCCUGACACGGAAGCUUUUGACUCAGAAAUACCUAUUUCCAUGGGUAUCUGUGGUCCUGAGGCCUGCUUUGUAAGAAGGGUCUGGUUUCUUUUCUGUUACACUAACUGCAGGGACCUUAAUGUCCUCUGACUUGAACCUCCUUAGCAAGAAAUAGAGCAAGUAUUUGAAAGUUUGAGGACAAUGGUUUGUGGGGUUUAUUGGAACCCCUGCUUGCAUCCAGGGAUGCAGUUCUUUUAGUGACCAGAUAGUGCUGAAAAGAUGGGUUCUUUGCUUUUCAGGUGAGCUUUUUGUUUUAAAGAAUAAGGAACCUAAGAAGGGUAUGUGUCCACAGAGUCACCAGCUCAUGAUUCGCUUACCUCUGUGCCUGCUUGUCUGCCAGGGUAGCAUAGGGCAGAUGAUGCUUUGGGCUAAAGGUCCGAAGGCAUUUACCAUCUGGGGGAAAUAGUGGCUGUUUUUCUGAGCCAGAUCUCAGAAUUUGUGUUUACACAGAUCAUGGGCUGUCAUAAGUAUAGGCAGUAAAAUAUCUUUGGGGCAUAAGAACUUGUCUAAGUCUGGCUAGUUAGCUCAGUUGGUUACAGCGUGGUAUUUUAACACCAGGGUCAAGGGUUUGGAUCCCUAUGCUGGCCAGCAGCCAAAAAAUAAAAAGAAAAGAACUUGUCUAAAUCUCUCAUACCACUGUUGUCUUUCCAGGUAGUAUUACAAGAACAAUAUUUUUGGUGCUUUUGUUUUGUCUCUAACAGAAAUGCCAAUGCUUUAAGGUAAAAAAAUAAGAUGAUAAUGAUUGACCUUGUUCUGCUCCUUUUUUUGGGUAAAAAAGAAAAGUUGGGGGUCGGAACACAGUAGCCUGAUUAAUACCAUUCUGUUUUAUCACACUGUUCCCCAUUAGUUUGUGCCAGUUCUUUUCUUGGGGAUAUAGAGCCAAAAUGUCACUGUGACCAAAAAUCUGUUCCUUUCUCUCCUCAAUGGAGAGGUGAUGGUGGGGCCUGGGUGUUUCUCCAGGGGCCCGAGGGGGCAGCCAUGUGGGAUAAAUUCUAGGUAUCUACCUCCCAUCUACCUAUAUGAUAGAGAAUCUUGACUUUUGGAUCAAAAAAUUAAAGUGUCUUAGGUUUUUAUUUCUUAUGAAAGAUACUACCUGGUCAUUGUGAAAAAUAGAGAUGAGAGCUUGUAAUACAAAA